CAGUCCCACUUCAGCUGUUGGAAUGGAUCGUCUGGCGGAAACCCGUGUAUUACUUUUCUUUGGAGGUGGGGUAGCGAUUAGUUUCCUCUACGUGGUGGGGGUCGUGGUCUAUCGACUAUGGUUUCACCCACUAGCGAAGUAUCCUGCUCCACUUCUGAACCGUGUCACACAACUCCCUGCAAUUGUAUCAGUCCUAGUCGGCCGCUUGCCUAUGUACACAAAAACAUUGCAUGACAAAUAUGGCCCAAUCGUGCGAUUAAGUCCGAACGAGCUUUCUUUCAAUACCCCUCAGGCGUGGGAAGACAUAUAUGGCCACCGUUUGGGAAAACCGAAUAUGGCAAAGGAUCCCAUUCACGUUGGAGCUGUUGAUCCGGUUCCCGGAGUCUCCACUAUAUCGAUGUCUGACAAUGAAACUCACGCGCGACAGCGGAGGGCUCUUUCUCACGGCUUUAGCCAGCAGGCUUUAUGGGGCCAAGAAGAGAUAGUCCAGGGCUACGUCACAAAGCUUCUUAACAACGUGAAGACCUUCGCCGAAAAGAGUCAGUCAUUUAAUAUCGUGGAUUGGUACAAUUUUAUGACCUUCGAUGUAAUUGGGGAUCUCUCCUUCGGCGAAUCCUUCGGCUGCCUCGAACGCGGAGACUUUCAUUUCUGGAUUACCCUCAUUUUCCGAUCUGUGCAAGCCGGAGCUAUUGAGGCUGCCACGAGGCGCUUCGCAACUGCAGGAUCUCCUCUUCAAAGCUACCUUAUGCGAUGGAUCCCUAAUGAGAUGCGAACGCAACGAAGAGACCACCUAUCCUACAGCAGAGAAAAAGUUUUGAAGCGGCUAUCAGACACAAAAAGCGACCGAAAGGACUUCAUCUACUAUAUUCUCCGCCAGUCAAAACGAAUCGACCUGUCCCAGGACGAGAUCAUUGUUAAUGGAGCCCUGUUCAUUGUCGCCGGAAGCGAAACCACCGCGAUGACUCUGAGUGCUAUGACAAACUUCCUCAUCGCGCAUCCGGAGAAAUUUGAGAAAUUGAAGAAAGAAAUCCGAGGGAGCUUCAACUCGGAACAAGAGAUCACCGUGGAGAAGGCAACUGCACUUCAGUACUUGAAUGCUUGCAUUGAGGAGACUUUACGGUUGCUGCCACCAGCCCCCAUUGGGUUCUUACGAUCUGUUCCCGCAGGUGGCGACACGAUUGAUGGAGAAUACCUUCCAGGAGGUACGACCGUCUCUGUGAGUUCGUGGUGUGCUCAACACAACGCAGCGAACUUCAAGAACCCCGAUGAAUUCAUUCCGGAGAGAUGGUUCGAUCCAGCAUAUGCCACAGACUAUAAACUUGCCAGCCGACCAUUCUCCCUCGGUCCACGAGGUUGCAUUGGGAAGAACCUGGCAUACAUGGAAAUGAGACUUGCCUUCAGUCGACUAUUCUGGCUUUACGAUGUUACCACAACAGACGGUGCGCCGGAUUGGAACAUGGAAGGCCAGAUGAAAAACAUGAAGGCAUAUAGUACAUGGGUGAAGCCUGAACUAAAUGUGAAGGUCAGCCCAGUGCGGAGAUGAG